AAGUUGCAUGUUAAACGCAGUUUCGGCAUAGUCAUAUUGCAAACUGAGAAAAAUCAUUCAACUAAAAACCAAGCAUCAGCUUGUUGAAUGUUAUGUGAUUUGUGUUAUUCAGUGAUUUUAUGUUGUAUUAGACUAACUUCUACCCUUGUGUACGUUGAAUUUAGAAUAGAGGAGAACACCUUCAACCAGUCAUAAUGAACUGAAUGUCAAUACACCACUUCUUUUCAACUCAACUAUACUUGUACUUGCAAUGUCUAUUAUAAUUAAGGAUGAACCGAGAAUCUUUUUCAUAAAUCUUAUAAAUUACAUUCAAUAACAAGAGGAAGAAUUACAUAAUAUGUUUGUGAUGACAGUGAAUUGUUAUUAUCACCACAAAGAAAAAACAUGAAUUAAGGGGAUCUCAAAAUCACCAACCAGUACAGAUUAGAGCUCAUGAAUUAGAGCUUAAGUCCAGUAUGUGAGAAAUUGUUGUUACUGCAUGAAUUUAUAUGUAACGUAUCAAAAUAAUCUUAUUAAUAUGAGUGAGUGAGAUUGAAGAGCUUCUAUAACUAGAAAAGAAGAUUAAAAACUAAUUAACAUAUCUUGUACCUACUAUAUUUUGUGGAUAAAUAUAACAAAAAUGACAGAAGAAACAGCUCACAAUUUGUUUGACGUCGCAGCAGAAGUGGAAUUAGAUGAAUCAGGCUGUGAAAUAAAACCAUUUAAAUUAGGCUGUGAAAGCAACUCAUGGAACGAUAGGAUAUGUAAAAAAAAGUCCAGGAUAAGUACAUAUGGAGCCCGGAAGUCACGUAAUAAACACACAAUGCUAGGAAAUUUAACUUUUAGGGAAAUAGCAGGUAAGAGAAAAGGUGUUUUAACAAAUUUGAACGUAACUCCAAGACGGAUUGAAGGAAUUAAUUUGAAUUCAAAAUUGUCAUGUUUAUUAGGAAAUUCUGCAGAAAUUAAGUCAACAAAAUCAGAUAUUAGUAAAAAUAAAUUAAAAACUAUUGAUCCUCGUAUGUUUGUUGGUAAAACAAUUAAAUUAUUGAGUAACACACCCCAGUGCAUUACGAUAAAAUUUGUUCAAAAUCAAUCACUGCAAAAGCUAGAAAGCCAUAAGGCAUUAUUUAAGUUCAAAGAAGUGAAAAUUAAAUCUGAAAUUGUGUCCAACAAAAGCAACAAGUCCCAGAGAAAUUCCUUAUACAAAGAGCCAGCAGACACAGAGUCAAAGGAUGACUUUUCAUUUGCUGGGGAAGCAAGAACAAUACCAAAUGUCUCUAAGGUUCUUGAGACUCCAACUGAACAAAUUAAGACCUUGAUUAAGUCUCCUAAGAAGAUUAAACUUAGAGCAAAUUGUGAACAAAAUUCACAGUUGAAAAGAAUUGAUAGGUUAGAAGAGAAUGCAUCAAGCACACAAUUGAAUAGAGAGAAUAUUGAAUCUAACCAUGGCUGUGACUUAAAAGGAAACACUAAUCUAGAGUCACUCACUAGUAUGUUUUCUCUGGCUAAAAGAACAGAAUCUAAACAAAUUUCAAAUAAAUCUUCAAAAUAUGGAUCACAAAGAAAUCAUUACCCAAAUAAUCAAAGUGAACUACAACAAUUGGCAAAUACAAGUAUUGCUCCAUCUGAACAACAUGGAUAUAAUUCGCUGAUGUAUCUGUCAGAAAUUGCAAGUGAGGUUUUAUCAGCAGACUCAGAUGAACAUUGCAACUUUAUGGCUACAGGAUACAAAGAAGAUGCAAGGAAAGGUACUCAUGAUCUUGUAAAAGGAGCAUCAGACAGUAAUACUAAAGAGCUGUUUUCAGAUUUUACAAAAGCUCCCGUUACACAAGUAGAAAACAGUGAUGAUUUAGUAGCUGAAAAGUUUGUUGAUUUAAAUAAACAUAGUCAAAUUCAGACAGUGAGUGAAAAAGAUUUUAACUCUCUACAAGAUACUUUAGGGACUCCCAAGUUAAGUUCCUGCAAUAGAAAUAUCAGUCCAGGAGAAUUAAAUAGUAAUAAAAAUACAUCUGAAGCAAAAACUAAACUAAUGAGAAACGAAAUACCAUAUAAUGGUAAAAUGGAUGUUAUGGAAAAAGUGGAGAAAUCUAAGGAGAGGCCCACAAAGUCCCAGAAUGAUAAUUCUAAAAAACUUGAAACGUCAGGAUGUGACCAAGGUAAAUGUAAUACAGAAUGUAGCGAAAUUAAAUAUCCUAUAGAAGGCUUUUUAGAAAAACAUAUUGGUGUUGGAAAAUUUGAUAAUCGAGCAUUAUCGAUUAAAGAAACAAAACAGAGUAAUUCAAAUUGCGAUGAAAUAUCUGUUGUAAAACAGAUAUAUGCUACUUCAUCUACAAAUAUUACUUCAUUAGCACAAAAAAAUAAAAACCUUUCAAACCAAAAACAAAUAAAAGCAACUUUGCUGAGUAAAACAUCUGAAAAUAUUCAAAAUAAAAUAAUUACACCAAAAAGUAAAUCUAAGGUAUCUAAAACAACACAAGAAUCUGCUGUAGUAACAAAAGCUUCUACUGUUAAAGGAAAACUCAGACUAAAGAAUUUAGAAGAAAGUAAAAACAAAAUUACUGAAAACAAAUUAACUUUAACCUGUACUGAACCAAAAAUUGCAGACCUGGUUAAAACUCAAAAAGUUGAUGUGUCAAUGACAAUGAAAACUACUAAUUUACCAAAAAGUAGUAGGAAUGAAGACAAUUCAGUCAUACUCACUAAAGAAAAAACAAGAAACGUAGUGUGUCAAAAAAUAAAAUUGUCUAUCACUAAUAAAAAUGUUUGUUUACGUACCACAUCAUCAGAUCCCAGGUUUGAAGAAAAAGAUAAUAGCGUAACACUAAAUUCUCCAUUUUCAUCAAGACAUGUGUCAUGUGCAGAUGUGGACUUGCUUCUAAAUACAGAUAUUCCAUUUAUAAAACCAUGUACAGUUUUACUCAAAAGAAUAAAUGACUCUAUAAAUGGAAUAAAAGUGACUCAAGAUAAUGUAAUGAUGACAGGCAAGUGUGACCUGGACAUGGGACCGACUGACUUCAGCGAGAUAUUGGAAGAUGUUUACGCAUCUACAAAAUUUGUUACGGGUGACUCAUAUCCUGCAAAUGAGUUUAAAUGUGAAACUGAAAAUUCAAAGCUAAAGGCAAAGAAAAUUUAUUCUGUUAAAGAAUUAACUCAAUCUUCUGAUAAAGUAAAUAACCAUAAUAUUUCAAGUCUGAAUUUAAAAGGUGUAGAAAGAAAAAACAAAAGAGUUUUCAAACAUACUGAAGAAGACACAUCUGAUUUUAAUCAAAUUGUAAAAAAGAGAAAGUGUAAUAAUGUAAUACAUUAUAAACAACUGAACAAUGAUCAAAAUAAUUUUAAAAAUAAACAAAUUCCUUCACAAUAUAAGUAUACCUACAAGAAAAUUAAAAGUCCAAAUUCUUCAGGGAGAGAUCAAUUGAUAAAGACAUCUUGUAAAAUAAAUGGUAUAGCAAAUACUAGUGAAAAUAAUUAUGUUAAUUUUGAUAGUGAAUCGCUAAACAAAACACAAAAAGGAGCUGAAUACUCCAUAAGUAACUGUACAGGAAAUCAAGGCUUACAAAUAUCAGAAACUGAUGCUAACAUGUCUGAAAGUAUUAAAACUAAGAAAAAUGUGGGUAAUGUUAAAAGAGACAAUAAAUACCAAAAAACCAAAAAUAUUAGAUCUAGACUUGAUCCUGGGGUAAAAAAAGGAGACUGGUCGAAUAACAUUUUAAGAAAUACCGAUUCACCCAAUGUUAAACAUGAAUAUGCUCUAGAAAAUGCAACAGUUUGUAUACUGAAUAAAAAAGAUACUGAAAAUUCUGUAUUAUGUAACUCUACAAGAAACAAGGACAAACAACCUAAAAAAGUAUCAGAACAUGUUGACAUAUCUGAAAAAAUUAAAAAUAAUAAAAUUGUGAAUAAGUUGUUAAGAGAAAAUGAAUCCCAAAAAGUAAAGAAACUAAGUUCCAGACCUAAUCCUAUUGUAAAAAAAAGAGGCAGACCUAGAAAAAUUUUAGAAAAUGCCAAAGAAAACGAUCUAGGUGGUGGUUAUAAGGAAACGCAUAAAUCAGACCACAAUAAUAGUGUUCAUCAAUCCCCUAAUUUUAAACUUGAAUGUGCUCUAGAAGAUAAGUAUUGCCCUACUUUCAAAACCCGAGGAAGACCAAGGAAAACACAAUGUGUAACUGAAGGAAGAUAUGCUUUAAAUUCUUCUAAUAGUAUGAAAGAACUUGAUUUAGAAAUAGACUUAAAAAUGACAAACAAAGGAAAUUUGUUUAAUAAGGAUGCUUCAACUGUUGAGGAAAAGAUAAGAGGUAACAAACAAGAAAAUAGCAAUACAAUUUGCUCAUCCACUAUAGCAAAUGCACUUAAUGAAACUGAUAUGAAAAUAAACAAGGAAAAAGCUUUAGGCCGUUCAAAUUUAUGGGACAUGAGUUUUGAUAAAAGAAGAAUUACACGUUCUCAAUCUUGCACAAAUCUGAAUAAUAUUAGCUAUGGCCGUGAACGAUUGGGGUCUUCACAAUCCCUCAGUUCAAUUGCAGUCAUUUCUCAAAAUGAAAAUAAAAAUUUAGCCAAAAUACCACAGACAAACAUUAAAAUCCAUAGCUCAUCUAAUCACACAAAACCGGUUGAACAGAGAGAAUCCUUUUCAGCUACAAAUACAAGUGGAUUUUUAAAAGGAAUAUUGAAAAAGGUAACGUUUUUAGAAAAUCAAUGUAAUUCUUUAAAUUUACCUGAGGAAGAAAAGUCUCAUAAUGUUACAAAUCUAUGUGAAAAUCAAAAGAAAAGAACUUUAUCUGCAGAAACAUCUAAAACUCUCAAGAAAAAGCAAAGUAAUAGGGCUGUUAUUCAUAGAAAAUUCUCGAGUAAUGUAGAAAGAAAACUGGAAUCUUUUACAAAUUCAAACAAAAACCCCCUCAAGAAAAGUAGAAUGAAUUCUGUAUCGAUUGUGACUAAAGUUAAAAGUAAUAAAAUUCGUAACUUCAAAGAUAAAAAAAGAAACAGCUCAAACAAGAACUCUACAUUAGCAGAACCUGAAGUGUUGAAACCAAUAAACAACCAUGGCGAUGAAGAUGCAGAGAUCGUGUACAUCCAUCCCUUGUUUACAAAUUCUAAUAACAAUACUCCAACUGUUGGUAUCCCUGAUAAAACUCAAGUAAAUCAGGUUCCAUUUCCAAAUUACAUUCAGCUUCCAUAUACAUUGAUUGGAAAUCCUACAAAUUUCAAUAAUCAGUCAAAUUUUAGUAAUUUUCCGGAGCAGCUUUUGCCAAAUAAUUAUCAAUUGAAUGAAAGUAGUUCAUUAGGUGUCUAUGUCUUAAAGAAUCAAGAACAUGUGUACCAAAACUGUCAGGGAUAUCCCCCUCUUGUACAUCAAACUCAGGGUCAACCACUUAUAAAAUAUAACUCUCAACCAAAUCAAACUGGAUUGGUGGAUGAAUGUGUUUCAACGUCUUUAGGACCAUCUUCAAACUUAAAUAGGCAGGAAAUAAAUACUGUACAAUUAAAUUCUAGUAAGAAACAAUGUUCUACAGAUCCUGCAGUAACUACAAAGGAUGAACUGCAUUUCAUUGACCUUGAAAAUUCUACUAAACAAACAUGUGUAGGCACCAAAACAAUAAAGAGAAGUAAAGAAGACAGAGCUCUGAAGAAAUUCUCACAAUUGAAUCAAGCAUGUUUUCCUGAUAAGUUUGACAAUGGAAUAUGUAAUGAAAACCUUAAAGGACAGGCUGAAAUAUUAUCUUCACAUGCUGUCCCCAUUUCACAGGAUUUAUCAACUUUAUGUGAAUCGCAAAAUGUGAAAAACUUGAAAGCACCCAAACCGUCCUUUGCUAGUGUAACAGGUAGUGAUAUUAUUAAGAGGCAAUGUAUCACUGGAAUUAGUGAUUCAUUUAAAUCAUCAGUGUCACUGAAGAAAUUGUUAAAAGCUAUGAACUAUUUGAAAAGUGUUCAAAAAAGUACUGAAAUAAUAAUAGUAAAAGACUCGAAAAAAUAAUAUACACAGAUUAGAGCCAGUUUCACAGUUGCGUUACAAUUGCUUCUGAUAAAUAUUUCCACAUAAUAACAUAAAUGUCAAUAAACAGGAUUGUGGUAUUGUAAAUCAAAUUCAGAAAAUACUGUGAGUAUAUAAUAGCAUUUUUUCUCUAUUUAGUUUUGAGAUAUAACUAUAAAAAUAUGAAAGUUAUAAAAUAAGUACAUGAUCAUAAAACUGUUGUAUUAUAAAAUUUACACAAUGCUUUUUCACAUUGCUGUACUGAUUUAGAAUGCUGUUUUGCAAAGAAUUUAAGUUGUCAGUUAAUGCAAUAGUUCAAACAUAAUUGUCUGUAUAAUGUUCAUUUCUUUUUAAGGAACUCUCAAAUAAAGUCAUGUUAAUUCAACAGUCAGUGAGAACUGUGUUUACUCUUCUCCUUGAGAGGCCUGUCUUUUUUAUAGCAGGAGGUUCAGUAGUUACAGCUCCAGGUUUUAGUAGGUCUUAAUUUUGUAUUUGGAGAAAUUGUAAACUGCCAGUGGUAUUGUGUCUUGUAUCACACUUAUUGUCAUUUAGAACUGUUAGUUGAGUCAGUGAUUCUUUAUCAGAAUAGAUAUAUAAUUAACUCUACUAUUUACUACAAUCAUGAUAAUCAUGCUUUACAAAUCACUCUGCUAGUUUCGCUAAAACCUAGUCCAGGUGACAAUGGCAACUCUCUUCUACAACACCAGAAUCAACUAAAGAUUACCUGGUAAGAUUUCUUUCCCAAACUACCAAGCCAUACAUUGCUACAGUUCAAAUAUAGAAUAUUAUAUUUUUUUCAUUUUAUGUGUUACUGACUUUGUUAAAUUGCAUAUACCAGGGGUUCAGAAAAGAAAAAAUAGAAAAUUACAUUUGAUUAUGCUUAUCAACCAAUUUUUAGUGUAAUAAAACUAAUUUUCUUUUAUAAAUUAAAUUACAAUAUGAAUUUGAGGUUUCAUUGUACAUAAUCUAAACAAUAGGGGAGCCAUGAAUCUAAAAAAUUUUACAAUCUGACGUAGAUUAUUCAGUUAGAUUAAAAGAGAAGAGGGCUGUAAUAUGAUUUAUAUGUUGUAACUUGGUGUGUUUCUCUUCGAUAACACUUAAAACCUGUCCUUGGUUUUUUUUCUGUCGACUUCAGGAUUCUUUUUCUUCGUGUCUUCUUAAGUUUAGUUGAUUCAGUAUUGUUAGGCUAUUUUGAUAGCAGUAGAGGUAUGCCAUGUUAUUGUAUAAAACUACAUCAGUUUCUAAACUUAAAUAAAAAUUAAUAAAAAUGCUCCCAACACUGAGCUUGUGGAAUUCCUCGAUGUGUAGAUAAGGCCUUCAAUUAGUUUCUUAUGUUAUUUCACAUUUUGUUUUUAACUAAAACAAAAUGUAUUGUAUUGUAAGUAUUCUAAGUAUUGUAUUUGUUUAUUAUCUGCAGAUAGUGUACCACAUUGUACUUAUGAGUUUCAAAGUUACAUUGAGCCAGUCAAGAUGGUAUUAAAAGUGCAUUGGUUCUUCCAGCAAUGCUAUUAAGCUAUAUUAGUAAUUUAUCAACACUAUAUAGAUUGACU